AGGGGCACGCCCACACCUGCACAGGAGCUUCACAGCUUCUAGAGCCAGGCAGAAUUUCCUGACGCUUCGCUAUCCCGCUCCACCUCUCCAACGUUGACGAAGCCGCCAUCCCCCGUCAACGCCCCGAAUAGCUGCAGCCAUGGCCUCCAUGUUCGAGCAGCCCCGAAACGGCACCCUUUUCCUGGGUGGCCAGAAGAUCUCUGGCUCAGAUAUCCGCGACCAAAAUGUCAUGGCUACCCAAGCGAUCGCAAACGUCGUCAAGAGUUCCUUUGGUCCCAGCGGCCUCGACAAGAUGAUGGUGGACGAUAUUGGUGAUGUCACCGUCACCAACGAUGGUGCUACCAUCCUCAGCCUUCUCGAUGUCGAGCACCCCGCCGGCAAGAUUCUCGUCGACCUGGCCCACCAGCAGGAUAAGGAGGUCGGUGACGGUACCACCUCCGUCGUCCUGAUCGCCGCUGAGCUGUUGCGACGAGGCAACGAGUUGAUGAGGAACCGGAUACACCCCACCACCAUCAUUACUGGCUACCGACUUGCCCUCCGAGAAGCCGUCAAGUACCUCAACGAGAACGUUAGCAUCAAGGUGGAAAACCUCGGCCGAGAAUCCCUCAUCAACAUCGCCAAGACCUCCAUGUCUAGCAAGAUCAUUGGCGCUGACUCUGAAUUCUUCUCCAACAUGGUCGUUGAUGCCAUGCACGCUGUCAAGUCUACCAACAACCGCAACGAGGUGAAAUACCCUGUCAAGGCCGUCAACAUCCUCAAGGCCCACGGAAAGAGUGUUCUGGAGUCCGUCCUGGUCAAGGGCUAUGCUUUGAAUUGCACUGUCGCCUCCCAGGCGAUGCCUACUCGGAUCCAGGAUGCCAAGAUCGCUGUUCUGGAUAUGAACCUGAUGAAGGAGCGCAUGAAGCUGGGUGUUCAGAUCCUCGUCGACGAUCCUCAACAGCUCGAGCAGAUCCGAGCGCGUGAGUCUGGCAUGGUCCAAGACCGGGUGGAGAUGAUCCUCAAGGCUGGUGCCAACGUUGUCCUUACCACUAAGGGUAUCGAUGACCUGGUGCUGAAGAUGUUUGUCGAGAAGGGUGCUAUGGCUGUCAGGAGAUGUAAGAAGGAGGAUCUACGACGAAUUGCCCGGGCGACCGGUGCUACUUUGCUGAGCACCUUGUCCGACCUCAACGGUGACGAGAAGUUCGACCCCUCGUACCUGGGUUAUGCCGAGGAGGUUGUCCAGGAGCGUAUUUCUGACGAUGAGUGCAUUCUCGUCAAGGGAACCAAGGCCUUCUCCUCCGCCUCCUGCAUCCUCCGUGGCCCCAACGACUACACUCUCGAUGAGAUGGAGCGUUCGGUGCACGAUUCGCUCUGCGCGGUCAAGCGAACCCUGGAGAGUGGCAGCAUCGUCCCCGGUGGCGGUGCUGUGGAGACUGCCCUUCACAUCUACCUCGAGGAGUUUGCCGGCACUGUCGGAUCCCGAGAGCAGCUUGCCAUUGGCGAGUUCGCCCAGUCGCUCCUCGUCAUUCCCAAGACUCUGGCUGUCAACGCCGCCAAGGACUCCGCAGAGCUUGUUGCCCAGCUGCGAUCAAGGCACGCACUGUCGCAACGCAUCCAGGAGGGUGACGCAAGUGAAGACGAGAAGACCAUUGCCAAGAAGAAGGGCUACAAGAACUACGGUCUGGAUCUCACUCGCGGCAGGGUUGUCGACGAGGUGAAGAUUGGUGUGCUAGAGCCCAGCAUGAGCAAGAUCCGACAGCUCAAGAGUGCCGUCGAGGCUUGCAUCAGCAUCAUGCGUAUUGAUACCCUGAUCAAGUUGGAUCCCGAGGUGCAGCAGGACGACGGACACGGCCACUGAUGAAAUAUAAUGAAAUGGGACAGUCAGGUAUAGAAUUUAAAAAGCUGGCAACCUGUCUGUGCAUCUCUGCAUUGUCUCUUCUCUCAUGUACCCCGGCGUGAUGUUCCUAGGCAUGACUGCACAUAUAAUGCCACCGCACACAAGCACUCGGCCUUUAGCUGAGAUAAUGAGAACCAACAUUCAUUGCAACUAGACUAAU